UUGCUAUUGUAAACUGUCGUGAGAAUCGAAGCCUGGCCCAUGACCCGAAAAGACUCAAUGCCGUCUUUAUAAAAUCCAAAAACCCUAGCAUGCCAUCCCUUCCUACUGCCGCGGGAGAGCGAGAAAGAAGAACAUCCGGCGAUUUCAUCAGGUGAGCCAUGGUGAAGCACAACAACGUUAUCCCGAGCUCUCACUUCAGGAAGCAUUGGCAGAACUAUGUCAAGACCUGGUUUAACCAGCCUGCCAGGAAGACCCGCAGAAGAACUGCUCGGCAGAAGAAGGCUGUGAAAAUCUUCCCUCGGCCGACCACCGGCCCACUCCGUCCCAUUGUUCAUGGACAGACGUUGAAGUACAACAUGAAAGUGAGGGCUGGCAGGGGAUUUACUCUGGAAGAGUUGAAGUCGGCUGGCAUUCCAAAGAAGCUCGCACCAACCAUUGGAAUUGCAGUUGACCAUCGCAGGAAGAAUCGUUCCCUUGAGGGACUUCAAGCUAAUGUACAGCGUCUGAAGACAUACAAGGCCAAAUUAGUGGUCUUCCCAAGACGCGCUAAGCAGUUCAAGGCGGGCGAUUCUCCUGCAGAGGAGAUUGCCAAUGCCACCCAACUCCAUGGCCCCUACCUUCCAAUUGCACGUGAGAAGCCGACGGUUGAGCUUGUGAAGGUUACUGACGAGUUGAAGUCAUUCAAGGCAUAUGACAAACUCCGUGUGGAGAGGAUGAACAAACGCCAUGUUGGUGCCAGGCUUAAGAAGGCAGCUGAGGCCGAAAAGGAAGAAAAGAAAUAGAGAACUUUUACCCUUUUAACGAGCCAUUUGAAUCGUCUUCUGUUCUCGGAGGAAUUUUGUUUUAGGUUAUCUGUUUACCGAACUUCUUUCUUGGAUACAUUAAUGUUAAGAGUUCGUAAUGUCACUUAAUUUCGUGGAAUUUAAAGAGUUUAUGCUUUAUAUCUAUCUUACACGAUUCAUAUUGUCA